GUAGUAAGAUAAGUAAAUUCAAAUUCAAGAUCCAAGUCCAAGACCAAGAUCCAACAAGUUGAUAUUAAACGUCAGAGGAGUUGUAAGAUCCUCCAAGAUCUUGUUGUAUUGCUUGAGAUUUGAAAACGACAUGUCGUCGUCCUGCUCUGCUAGCGGAGCAGUGCGUCUACAUGGCUAUUUCCGUUCCAGUUGCAGUUACCGCGUCCGAAUCGCUUUAAAUUAAGACCACUUACUAGUCAAUCACAAUCAUUAUCCGCUGCUGGACUGACCUAUCAACAGGUAGUAUUAUGAGCGACUUCCCUUUGAGUUCAGGAAGAAACCAAGGGGAUUGAUCACUCGACCAGAGACGGUGAUGAUUGCCUACUACCUUUAUAAUUGAAGCUGUGUGGCAUUGAGUACGAGCAUUGUGGCGUAAAUUUGUUGACCCAGGACCAACAUGAUGCAAAAUAUGUGAAGCACAUGAAUCCGAGUGGGCUGGUUCCUUCCUUAAGAUGAACAUGUUUUGAUCAACAGACGAACGAUGUAAUGCGUGCCUUAGAAGAUAGAAACGCGACAUCUUCUGUUACUUCUGGCACUAACUUUAACCCACCUCCCCCAUGCACAUAGCCCCUUUAUCUCCAGACUAGACACACCAAUCAAAUCAAUCAAUUUAAGAUACAAGCGCGACAUCCCCUCGUAGCGUCUAGGAAAAAUGAUACAAAAGUGUAAUUGAUUGUCGUGUAAGUCAAUAUUACAAUUUCUUCUAAGCUAGCUUGAGAUUGACGGGCAUCGACUUUCGCAGAGUCUAGCAAUACUAGACUACCUGCAAGAAGCGCGGCUCUCCUCACUCCUUCCACCCCUACGCAGUCUUGAACGGCAGCGGGCACGCGAGAUUGCUCACAUUAUCGGGUACUGGAUUUCGUUUUCGCAGUGGUCUUUACACCAGUAGGAAGUCGGCUUUCAUGUAGAUGUAGUCACAUGCGACAGCGAGAUCUAUUCUUGGUAUAAUUGCAGCGAGUUGGUUCUUCUUCUACGGUCGUACUACGACUGGACUUUCUAUAAUCUUCUUCCCUUUGGUUCCUUUGCUGUAGUUGGCGAAGAAACUGAGAAUGUGGACCUCCAAAACAAAGGUGUGACACGCAACCUGUGCAAAAUUUACGUAUUUUGAAGCAGGUCAAGGCAUGGGGUCAAGACGAACAAGCUUGGGGAAGGCAGGUAAUAGAGCGAGGGUUUCGCGCAGUCGAAAACACGCUCGAAAGUGCAGAGAUAGUUACGCAUUGAAUAUGGGAGGUUAUAGUUACUUAAAUUUUAGAUUUCAACCCUAAAAUGGCUUUCGGGAAGGGAAUGAGUAAUCAGUAACUGCGAAACAGUGCUUUGUACUAUCCAAAAUACUGAAUUUCCCCUGUUCUUGUACAUCACAUUCACAAUAGGAUCAGUAAUGUGCCGCUUUUAGUACUAAUGCAUAGCGGCGUUUUUGUGUUAGCGAGGAAGAGCCUACAGUCGCAGAUAUAUGCUUGGUGGCGCAGUGGCCAAACGCCGACCGCUUCGGUGUCGACCUAUCGAAAUUCCCACGAGUUGCCACGAAGCUGGAGGCCUUAGUUACGGAAAAACGGUAGCUUUGGCUUAACAUCAUCCAGUUGUUCUACUUCUACCCUGAGACCAUCUAUGUAUCAUAAUAUAAAUAUAAUGAUCAUGCUAAUAAGUAUCUAUUAUAAUAUAAAACGAAGCCCUUUAUCGAUUGCGAUUUCCACAGCACUAAUGUAGCAAAGUUAGAAGCGGUCCGGUCUGCCCACCCCUUCAAUCAACCGGAUUGUCCAGCUGACCUGCGAACGGAAACGGGUUGGUGGAAUGCAUAAGGAAUCGUCCAGGACGGGGGAUCUCCAUCAAAUCAAUGUUCAUCUUAAAUGUUCACACAGUGUCACUGUUUUGGAAAUCGGCGAGACGCAUCUUUGACUCGGAACAGCAACAACAACAACUCAUUCACCAAUCCAAAUGCGUAUGUCAUCUCGACGAAGGAGGACACUCAUUUAGUUCUUUCGGUUCCUUGCUGAGAGAUUUUGAUCACCUUCAUCGAGUCUUUGUUUUAACCUUUCGCUUCUGUCCACAUGGCUCGCUAUAAAUCUCAAUCAUGCUUGUGCUAAGUAGGCCGAUGCAGCUGUUGCUUAAUUGUAUUGCUUGAAUAAGUUUGCUGUCACUUCCUUUCUGAGUUCCGUGUCGCUGUUAGUUGAGUCAAAACUUGUGCGAGUAAUCAUCGUGGCGAAACACUAUGACACCGUGCGGCAGUCUGCGCUGAAUGUGUUUUGCCGUAUAGUGAAUGGGUUACUCGUAUGAGCGAAUAUAUAACUGAGUGCGAAGACAUCGCCUGGAGUUGAUUUCCGAUUUUUAAGCAAAUGCAAUCAUGAGGUAGGACCCUUUGAGGGUGCAAGUGGAAUGUUUAAAAUUUUUGGCCAGAUGGUCAGUAGCUUCAGCAUAGUCAAGCAGCUUGCUUAAAAGGGGGAGAGCGUCCUAUCGCUCUCCCUUACCGAUUUUUUUUCUCCCGCCCGCUCUUAGCAGAGUUGUGGCUAUCAGGCAUAAGGUAGCCCCUUUGGUCGGAGUCAG